CUAUAUUCUGCAGCAGAACUGUUGGCUUGAAAUGUAAAUCUGGCAACUUAUAUUGUCUUUUGGAUCAUUUAAAAAAAUAUGGGUAAAGCUUACUUUGUAUGUUAUUGUUGGCUUUCAAGAUCUUGAGCUGGGUUAGGAGUUGUAUGUAUCUCAUAGUCAUAGACAUGUCAGCUUGUUGUUGGCGACAUAUAGCUGUUAAAGAGAUGUAACUGGGUUUGUAGACCAGAUAAAAGCUUGAGCACAACAUGUUUACAACUAUAUAUGUGGUCUAGUUCACCCAAAACAAACAAAAGCUUGAGCACAUCAUUGAUCAAACCAUCAUGCUCGUUUCAUUGGAUAGUUCCCAGUGCCACUCUCUGUAGGUUUAGUAGUUUUCUUCGUCUUCUUUGGCUCACCUAGAGUUAAACAAUUAACAAGAACAUGUCAGUAAACAUCAGAAGUAAAAAGAGAAUGCUCUGCUUUCUUACAUCUAAUAUCUUCUAAUAUCUAAUACGCUAAUUAAAACCUAUAAAUUUCAAAAAACCAAACAAAAUUGGGAGUAAUUCUUCAAAAUGUGUAUAUUCGUUGGACCCAUAGAGCGCCUUAAAAACGAAAGGCUAAGCCCAAACAUAGAAGGCGAUAGAUAGAUAAACCAGAGGAGAGAAGGAGCACUGAGAGCCAAACAGAAAUAAUUCGGGAUUAGGGUUAAUCUCUCUCCCAAACUCCGCCCAAUCUCUCUUUCUCUCUCUCACCGCCGCGCGCAACUAUAACCGCUACCUAUAUAUUCACACACACACAGACACUGGUUACUGCUUCUCAGCUAUCAUGAGCGGUCAAACCUCUUGUAAUAAUGACCGAACGAGAACGUACUGGACCCCAACGAUGGAGCGUUUCUUCAUAGAUCUAAUGCUCGACCAUCUCCACAGAGGCAAUAGAACCGGCCACACUUUCAACAAGCAAGCCUGGAACGAGAUGCUCUCCGUUUUCAACUCCAAGUUCGAGUCACAGUACGACAAAGACGUGUUGAAGAUCAGGUACACGACUCUUUGGAAACAGUACAACGACGUCAAGAGCCUUCUUGAUCACGGAGGGUUCUCUUGGGACCAGAGUCAUGAGAUGGUGGUCGGAGAUGAGAGUCUGUGGAGUUGUUAUCUCAAGUCUCAUCCUGAGGCUCGUGCGUACAAGACCAAACCUGUGUUGAAUUUUAAUGAUCUGUGUUUGGUCUAUGGGUAUACGGUUGCAGAUGGGAGGUACAGUAGGUCAAGCCAUGAUGUAGAGUUUGAAGAUGAGAUCAAUGGAGUUAACAUUGGUGAAAGUAGUAGUGGGAGUCUUGUUAUGUCAAGUAAAGAAACCUCGAAAACCGAGUGGACUCCGGUAAUGGACCAAUACUUCAUCAGCCUUAUGCUUGAUCAAAUCGGAAGAGGUAACAAGACUGGCAAUGCUUUCAGCAAACAAGCCUGGACAGAUAUGUUAGCUUUGUUCAAUGCUAGGUUCAGUGGUCAGUAUGGUAAAAGAGUCUUAAGGCAUAGGUACAACAAGUUGUCUAAAUACCACAAAGACAUGGGAGCUAUCUUGAAACAAGACGGGUUUUCGUGGGACGAAACUCUUCAAAUGAUAGCUGCAGAUGAUGUCUUUUGGAACUCUUACAUCAAGGAGCAUCCACUUGCUAGAACAUAUAGGAUGAGGUCAUUACCGAGCUACAACGACUUGGAGUUAAUAUUUGCUAAUCCAGUCCAAGGCAAAGAUGAUGCUAUACCAGAUGAGACUAAGGCGGGCCAGGCUCAGAGUUCUGAUCGUACAAGGACGUUUUGGACACCGCCUAUGGACAACUAUCUGAUCGAUUUGUUAUAUGACCAAGUGAAUAAAGGGAACAGAGUUGGGCAGACUUUCAUAACGAGCGCUUGGAACGAAAUGAUUACAUCGUUUAAUACCAAGUUCGAGUCUCAGCACGGCAGAGACGUUCUGAAGAACCGGUAUAAACACUUGAGGAGGUUGUACAACGACAUAAGGUUUCUUCUCGAGCAAAACGGGUUCUCGUGGGAUGCAAGGAGAGAUAUGGUUGUUGCUGAUGAUAGCGUUUGGUGUUCAUAUAUAAAGGGACAUCCAGAAGCUCGACCAUAUCGAGUGAAAACUAUUCCAAUUUACCCAAAUCUUUGCUUCAUUUUUGGUAAGGAAGUGUCUGAUGGGAGAUACACACGCUUGGCUCAAGCUUUUGAUCCCACUCCUGCAAAUACUGUGCGCAUAAACGAAAGUGAAAGCGAAGAUAGACUCAAGGAUACUUUCCAGAUGGUGCAAGCCGGGGAAGAGAAAGAUGAUUACCUCUGUAGCAGCAGUGGUCCUUCUCCUGUAGAAUGGACAGCGGUCAUGGACCGUUGUCUUAUUGAUCUCAUGCUUGAGCAGGUCAAUAGAGGAAAUAAAGUUGGUGAGACAUUCACAGAACAAGCUUGGGGGGAGAUGGCAGAAUCCUUCAAUGCAAAGUUCGAAUUGCAGGCUGACAUGUUUACUCUGGAGAAUCGUUACAUAUUGAUGAUGAAAGAGCGUGACGACGUCAACAACAUCCUUAAUCUUGAUGGCUUUGUUUGGGAUGGAGAGAAGCAAACCAUUGUUGCAGAAGAUGAACAUUGGGAUGCAUAUAUUAAGGAACAUCCAGAUGCAACUAUAUAUAAAGGCAAAACGUUGGAUAGUUACGGUGAUUUGUGCAAGCUAUAUGAACAUCUCUCACACGAAGGCUUCAACUGUGAGAAUCUCAUGAUAGAGUUGGAUAACUAUGGCCAUGAGAUUGAUAUAGUUGAUGACUUUAGUUCUUCUACUCAAAAGCAGCAUUGUAAGCGAGCCAACCCAACUCCACAUGGGAUAAAUGCACGCAAGGCUCAGAAGACGGGAGGAGAGAUGAUGAGGAAGCCUCAGAGUGAGACAGAAGGUGAAGGCCGUGAUUACGUGGAGGCCAUGCCUCAGGAGGAUAAUUUCACAAGAAUACAGAACGCUGUUGAUGCACUGCAAGCUUUACCAGACAUGGAUGAUGAGCUUCUGCUGGAUGCUUGUGAUCUUUUAGAAGAUGAGAAGAAAGCAAAGACGUUCUUGGCAUUGGACGUCUCUUUAAGAAGAAAAUGGCUGGUGAGGAAGCUUCGGCCUCCUUCGUCUAACGUUUAACCAGUUUGUGUCUCUCUAUUUCUACCCAAAUUUGUAAGCGCAGCAGAAUAGUUUAUGUAACGUUGUAAAAGUAUGUGGUGAUCUUAGAUACACAAUCUUUAGGGUUGGGCAAAA